ACCCCGGGAAAGGGUGCGAAAAAGAAGCGCGAGAUAGAAACAGUGGAGGCGGACAGAGAGAGCUCGCGCCCCUCCGUGUUUCUCUUUUUUUUGUGGUUAUUAUUAGGCGAUUUAACGACGAAUAAAUCUUCCAUAAGCAAAUCCAUCCCCGUGACUGACAGAUGGUUGAGAGUUAGCGCGCGUGCCGCGUCGUGAAACCGAGUUUAACCGGAAAAUCGAAGGGAAAAAAAAAAAAAAACGCGAUGUCUUGGUGGGCGCGCGGUGAGGACGCGGAGUGUCAGGACACUGACUCGGACGCAGCCGACCCGAAGGACAGCGGGAAAGUCAAAGUGAAGUGGACGCAGGAAGAGGAUGAUAAUCUGCGAAUGCUGGUUAACCGUCUAGGAACUAAUGACUGGAAAUACAUCGCAAGUUUUCUACCAAACCGCUCGGAACAUCAGUGUCAGCACCGCUGGUACAAAGUUUUGGAUCCAGUCCUCGUCAAAGGGCCUUGGACUAAAGAAGAAGAUGAGAAGGUGAUCCAGCUGGUGAAUAAAUACGGUAAUAAACAGUGGGCCGUGGUGGCCAAACACCUGAAGGGGCGACUGGGGAAGCAGUGCCGCGAGCGCUGGCACAACCACCUCAACCCUGACGUGAAGAAGUCCUCCUGGACCGCAGAGGAGGAUCUCAUCAUCUACAAAGCCCACUGCAUGCUGGGAAACCGCUGGGCUGAGAUCGCCAAGCUGCUGCCUGGAAGGACCGACAAUGCUGUGAAGAACCACUGGAACUCCACCAUUAAGCGUAAGGUGGAGCUGGGGUACUACACGGGUGUGGACAUGAAUCUGCACUUUAUUCACCAGCCUGAGGAAGGAGACGUCAGCGCUCAGCAGGACGCUGAUCCGCUGGAGGAUUUCUGCUACGGUGGAGAGCUGGAGGCUGCCACUGUACCGGUGGUCACACAGGAGUCUGCCGAUUCUGUACCUCGGAAAUCCUCUCCCGCCAACAAGGUGUCCCCUAAACCGUCUCGAGCUCCGGCGACGCCCCCCAGUGACGCAGAGAGCGUGACGAGCUCGAGCGUCCCUGCCUGGGUGAACGACGGCUCGGGCUUCCUGUCGCCCUCGGCCACGCCCGUGCUGAAGGAGGUGAUGGACAUGAUGGACAGGGAUCUGGAGGGUUGGUGUAACCUGGCUGACUUUGAGCUGCCGGAGGAGAGUCAGAGCCCUGACGUGCUGCAGUUCCGGCUGGAGGGCAGCGCUCUACACGAGCUCAGUAAGGGGAGUAAAGGCGAGCUCAUCCCCAUCUCACCCGGGGGAGCCACGCCACCGUCCAUCCUGAGCCGCCGCACACGCCGCCGCAUCGCCCUCUCCCCCGACGCCAACGACUCCAUGACCCCCAAGAGCACGCCGGUGAAGAUCCUGCCCUUCUCCCCAUCUCAGUUUCUCAACUUGUGGACCAAACAGGACACGCUUGAUUUGGAGAACCCGUCUCUCACGUCCACGCCCGUGUGCAGCCAGAAAGCCAUCGUCACUACGCCGCUGCACCGGGACAAAACCCCGCUGACUCAGAAGGAGAACUCCGUCUUCAUCACGCCGAACCACAAGGCCGAUCUGGACAGGACGCCUCGCACCCCGACCCCGUUUAAAAACGCCCUGGAGAAGUACGGGCCCAUACGGCAGCUGCCUCCAACACCCAACCUGGAGGAGGACCUGAAGGAGGUUCUGCGCACCGAAGCAGGGAUCGAGCUCAUCGUAAAGGACGAGAGUCCGGCGGAGCAGAAACCCAAAGUGGUGCACCGGCCUCCCAUGAAGAAAGUGCGUAAAUCUCUGGCGUUGGACGUUAUAGACUGUAAGGAGCCGCGCCCUGCCCGACGCCAGCUCUCCAAGCCUCCUGCAAAACCCAGCAGAAAGGCGGACCGUUCGCUCUCAUCGUCCUUCAACUCGUCGUAUACUGUGAAGAAGGAGGAGAACGUCCUCGACCAGGGUUUCAUUCUCGGGCCCAACGAAAGCGGUCCUACGGUGAAACAAGCACAACAGAACCCCAAAACUGUUCCACCUGCUCCUAUGUCUCCAGCGUGGGAAGCGGUGGUUUGUGGUCGCACUACGGAUCAGCUGAUCAUGACGGAGAAGGCCAGGCGUUAUCUUCGCUCUCUGAAGUCGAACGCACACAGCCGAGCACUCAUCCUGUCCUGAGCCUGCACUUCCACAAUCCCUGAUUAUUGCAUUCUACAAUAUUAAAACAUAUGGCAUUUUCUCCUGUUGUGAAUUAAGAUGUAAAAAUAUUUUGUUAAUAAUGUAAUUGUGAAAAAAAAAAAAAAAAAAAGAUUUUGGGGUAAUGAAAACUGCAUCUUAGCAGUCAUGAUGAAACUCUAAAGGUGCUUUUUAGUCUCUUGUCUCAGGUUAUCUCGAGAGUUUAACAUAUAUAAGGCAUUCUGUUUCACUUUGUGUGUGCUUCAAUUAUUAUUAUUAUUAUUUUUUUCCUGAAAUGCUGUCAGAAUAUCAGAAUGUCAGAGGAAAGCAUCUGUGCUUUUAACUGGUACUGUUACUUUCUGUGGAAAUCAGUUCAUUACAGUUCAGGGUUUAUUUCUCGUUUACAUUUUUUCACAAUGGCAAUAUUGAAAUGGUUUUGUCUGCCACAAUCAGUGCAUUGAAGGAACAUCCUGAAAACAGCUAGAUGGAUUUUUUUUUUCAUAACAUGUCUAGAAUUUUGAAAUAACACAUUUUCAUAUAUAAUAAUUAAACUUGCUCAUGUCCACUGUGGGAUAAUUCAUGAUCUGCUUCAUUUGUGUACAUGCUGUAAUUGUGAAAUUAAAAUAAAUAAUUAUUGCCCUGUCGUGUAAAAUAACAAAAAUAAAUAAGCAUUAAGCUGAACAUUUUCACAGAAUUCUUUGGAAUAAAAAUAAUACAAUUUUGUGGGACUGACUAAACAGAAUAUAAAUUUGGUCUUAAAGGUGAAUAUUUUAAAGAUUUUGCAUUAUAUUUUAUUUUCUAAUGUAUUGUUAGACAACAUUAAACAAUAAGACCUGACAGAACUAUAAUAUUCUUCUUGUCAACAUACUGAUGUGUGGAGUGACGUCAUACCUCUUGCCGCUCCUCUGAUUGGACAGCGAGCUGCAACAGAAU